AUGAUAAUCAUCAAACAACCAACGACCAAUGGGUUGAUUGGAGGUGUCAAUGGCCAUCACUAUGGCGAUCACCAUUCAAUCAAACCCGUACGUUGGAAUGUUGUGAUGUUAAGUCAUAUGGUAAUAUUAUUAUUAUUUUUGACAACUAUUGCACAUGCAACAGACCCUCCUCGACCACAACCCACUUUGGAGCCAUCAGAUUGCUCAUUCUAUGCUGCGAGUGGAGGUAUUCUCAAAGUGACCCCUCCGGCCACCGAUUUCAUUCUGCCGCCGAUUGCAGAGAUUUGGACAGCCGACGGAUCGACCGCCAUCCCCACCAAGACUCUUUUGGCACGGUCACCCACCUCGCCUCAAGCCGAUGGCAGCUACUACUUUAUCGUUCCACCAGUCAUCAACGAACAACGAGAUGGCGACGGAGAUGGCGACGGUCCACCAAAAAAGGGUAGAGUCGAAGCAGAAGUCCAAAGUAAGAGACAUCAAUCAGGUCUCUUGAAACCAACCGUAACAAUUGGAGUUAAAGAUUCGGCCCUCAUAGUUUUACUUCCAAGAAUAACUUGUACAGUUGAAUAUCAAAUUAAUCCAUUUUUAAAUCCACUUGACAUUGCAAUUUAUCCUACCAAUAUUGUAGCUGGUAGUGUAGCAGUACCUUUGUUUAUUCGUGAUUCGACAACUAAUAUUCUACCAACAUACCUUGCCAACGGCAUCAAGCUGAAUAAUAGAGACCAAGGCCGAAUUGGUAUUGCCGACGUUGCAUGUCUCCUUACACUCGACGAAAAUCAACAAGCUAAUCCAGCCAACACUUGUUUCCUCAAACAGUUGACUGCUGACAACUACCCCCGUCUCCCUCUUUCAUUCACUCCGAUCAUCCAGUAUCGUUCCUCGUUUGUCCCUGUAUCCGAUCCAAACAAAUACGGUCCCUCAUAUGGAUCAUCUGAUUUACUUGUCACCUAUCAUGAGCCACAGAUUGAUAUGAUCAAACCAAGAUUAAUGUCACAAGGAACCGAUCAUGAAAUCGAGAUUACUGGGUUAAACUUUUACGCACAAGUUCCAAAGGAUGAAAUUGAAUACACCUUUCGAUCGGUGGUGACUGUCAAGUUCUUUGGAGUCAUGUCUGAUGAUGACACGUUCCUCGAGUGUACUAAUAUUCGAGUUGAAACUCCAACUCUGAUUAAAUGUACUAUUCCAUCUGCCUCUAUCGUACUUGCCAAUCCUGGUGACGAACAAGACUAUAGCCGUGUGGUAGUAACCAUCGAUCAACGAUCAUUCAAUCUUGAAAUCGAUCAAGUCAUUGAUGAUCAAACCAUAGAUAUUUUGUUAAAAGUAUUUUAUCCUGAACAUAAAGAAAACAAACCAAACGAGAUUGUUCGAGGAGGUACUCAAAAAGUCACAUUUGAUGGAAAGUUCUUCAUUGCCCCGUCAAAGGUUGAAAUUGCAGGCGUCGAAUGUUUGAUUAUCAAAGCCGAUGAGAACCAAGUGGAAUGUACGACAAAUGAACUGCCUCCACUUGCAAUCGGAGACAAUAACGUUGAAGCACCAGUAUCAAUUACUGUCGAUGGUUUAGUCAUUCAACAACAACAAAUUAUUUAUUAUUAUCCUACAAUAAGAAUUCAAGUUCAAGAUGAAGACGAUGAAGAUGGUGAUGGUGAUACCAAUGAGCCAUUGCCAUCACUUAAGCCAUCAUUUGCAUUGCAAAAAUUAUCACCAACCAAACAUUCAAUUGUUACCGUGACACUGUAUGGAGAUAAAUUGAAAUGGGUGACUGCCAUCUCGCUGGUGGGUAUGAAUCCACCAAAGAUUAUCCCAGUGGAGGGAGCACCUCGUCUUUUGGACGAUUCCCUGGUCUUUGAGGCCAAUUCGAACCUACUAGUAGGCGACACCAUCGUUCCCAUACCAAUCCAACCAAGAAUCCUCACCACACUCUCGAGAGAAGUGGUUGACCUUCGAUUCGAGAAACCAGUUGUCAAAAUCCAUCAAGACACUCCUUUUAGAUCCUACGUCAGAGAUGAACACACCAUCAAAGUAUUGUUAUCCACCAGCGUUGCCCAAGAUACUUUCAAGGAUUACAAGGUUACUUUCCAUUUGGCAGACAAACAACUCGAGAUUGUCAAAAAGUACGAUGACGGCACCACAUUUGAUGUCAAGAUCCCUCAAUACUCGAUCGACACUAUUCCCCCAAGCAACGUGCAGCCAUCUACAUUCGAGUUGGUUCUCAACAACGAUUACAAAUAUAAAGUAUUGGAUGUUAAUGGAAAUGAAGUUAAAUAUUCUCAUUUUGUCCCUAAAAUUGAUAGUGUUGUCAUUGAAAAUAGUAUCACUGUGAGAGGUAGUGAUCUCGAUGAAAUUGGAACACACGAGUCUCUUUUAAAAGUAAAUGAUAAGAUAUACAGUAAGGCCGAGUGUCCUAUAUUCACCAAAGAGCAAAUCACCUGUGAACCAGUACCAGAUGAUCUACCUACUUUGUUUGACGUAUCGGUGAUUGUCAAAACAUCUCCAUCCAAAAAAACAGAGUUUUUAUUUAUCGGCACACCACAAUUCCCACAGGGUCGUGCAGUUUCAAUCCAACCACGUGGAUCAUCGAGAUACGUUCAACAAGAAAUUUUUAUUACCUAUCGCUCUGCAACAGCAGCACCUCCCAUUCCAAUUGUCACAAUGCCAUUGCAAUCAAGCACAUUGACGUUGCCAUGUACUCUUUAUUCAACAACGGGUGCAGCUCCAUCAUUUAUGAUCACUCUAAAAUGUGAUAAACCAAGAAACCAAGAUCCUAGUCCAGCCGGAUCUGCCAGAGGAUCAAGAAUUUCAUUCAACAACGUUCAGCAAGACAUUUGGUUCAACAACUAUGGUCUAUCAUGUCUCGCUGCUCCCGAUGAAACUGGUACCAAUCUUCCAGCAGAUUGGUGGUUCUCUUACAAAUUGUCAGGGCAAGUAAACAAUGAUUAUAUGUAUGCUGAUGCAAAAAACUCGACAUUCAAACAUAAAUUACAUCUUGUUCCUCUUGGAACGCCAGGUCGUACGUUGAGUGCACUCGCAGCAACAUACCAUCAACACACCUAUGCCCAGGUUGCCACCGAUCCCACAAAAAUUGCGUUCAUAUUCAUAAAUGAUCAACAGGGUUACAGAUUCCCGCCGGGAUACGUAGACUCCUGCGGCAAUGUAAAGGCGGGUGGUGGAGGUAGAGUUGACAUUCCGACCCUUGUCGCACAUGGACACGUCAAAGGAUUUAUUUUCUACGAAGUGGAUGGAGCGGGCAAUAUAGGAAAGGGUAUUCAUGUCAUUCAUUCCAACCCAAUCUUUCCAUCGUACGAUGCUCCAUUCGUUGGCACUUGCCCAGACCCCGAUAAACCUCCAAAGUACGAACAACAACCAACUAGCCCGAUCACAUACAAUUCCAUCGAUGAUCCCGUCAAAUGGCUCGGAAACAACGAAAUGGCACAACACUUUUUCUGUCGUGAGUUUCAAGGUGCACCUGAAUUGGAUAAAAUAGCUCAGCAUUCGAUGCGUGUCGAUGCAUCGAUUGUGCCAGGCUACAAAACACACACGACCGUGUAUCAAUCCCUUCCUUAUCUCGGACAAUUUAUUACCUCGUACACUGAAGCAUUGGCCAAUGCGAAUGGCCGUGGUCCAACCGCUCAAGAGUUAAUUCAAGAUGGAUGUACGAAUGAAUUACUACAAGGUGACACACGUCAGCCAAAUCCAACAAACAUUUGCUUUUUUACAUCAGGUGUCAAUGUAGGUGCAAAUGGCAAUUCGGGUUGGCUCUUUGCGAAAACAUCGGUCAACUACAAAUAUAAAAAACCCCGAAAACCAACCAAAAAAAACACCUCUCCGUUCACAGUGUUUGCUUUGGGUCUCAAACUCGCUACCGAAUACAAUUACAAUCGUGGUCUGCUUAAUACACUACCGACCCGACUACCCCAAGAGGCUACUCUCAGGGUUGCCAGUUUAAAAGAUGUUCCAACUGGCUGUGAUGUCAGCAGUGAUCCUCUAACACAGCAAUGUUUUUCUUUGGACGGCAUGGAUAUGUGGUCGUUGAUCUCCAAUCAAUUUGGCCAGAAGUUGUUUGUCCAGACCUAUCUCAAAGCGUUCAACAUCAUGUUGCCUGUGCCACACAUUGCAGAGGUGGCAUACCACAGCUAUCCAGGUGACUCCUCUCUGGUACCAGGUGGUGGUGACAUUGAUUUUGUUCAAUACUACAACAACGAUCACUCCAAACUGGCCUACAGCAUGGUUCCCACCUCGAGAGAUCCGAGGGAUGGCUCGGACUGGUUUUGUUUUGGUGAUGCCAAUCGCCACAACGGCCAGGGUGAGCGUGGAUCGGGUGCUUUCUGUUUCGUAAACGCAGAAUUGGUCGAUCAAUUCCAUCGCUUUUUGAGUUCUUACAAGACUCUUGGUCCGUCGACCAUCCCAACCGCGAUCGGCCUCCCUGCAGGUGCCACACGUAAUAGUGGAGACUAUUCUGUGUACGCAAUCGCUCAUCAAAAGCUCUCGUUAAACUAUAAUGUUCCUGGCAAGACGAAACCACAGAGUUUCGAAACCGACUAUCCACAAGAGGUCGAACGAACAAUGCAUAUAAAACGACCAAUUGUCAUCCAAUCCAAUGAUUGGGUCCGUUCAGUGUCUGUCAUUGCAAGAGAGUCGUUGACCUAUGACAAUGGCAACAACUUUAACAUCUAUGACAUUGCAUACAAACCUCGCUACACUUUUACGCCUGGAAUCAACUAUGCUAUCAAAUAUCAUUUAUUCAGAGAAGACUCUCCACCAAACACCCUCGAACGAAGGUACACCAAUAUUGUUGGCCAAACUGGUUGGCCAGGAUGGUCACUUGAUUGGUCAACCAAAGAUUUUAGAAGAAAUCAAGAUAUAUUGUUCUACUAUCUCUCAAAUGAUACACAAGUGGCGUCUGUUUGUACGUUAACUUUAACGCUUGCUUGCAGCGAGGAACAAGAUUAUCGACAAACAUCUCUUGAUGCUCACAAUGCUGUCAAUGUGCCAUUCCCACCAGCACCAACUGGAGAGGCACUCGAUGUGAGUACCAACCUUCGUACAUUCACGCUCAGCAAUGCAGCCUUGCCAGAUUAUAAUCCCGACCUCAAAAUCAUCCAAAUCCACAAACGUCUGCAAGACUACAGCACACAAACACAGCUCGUCAAACCAUUCAACAUGCCAAUCGGAAGAAUCAACUAUUUCGUUGCCGAGAGUCUCCAAUCGUUGCCAGCACAAUGUCACCAUGCAUCGUGUUACCUCCAAGCACAAAAAGUGAUUCUACUCAAGUUAAAGGAUUUCUCAAUUGCCACUUCUGUCAACAGACCUUGUCAAGACGAACAGAUCUAUUUGGUGACGCUAGCCUAUUUCCACAACAGAACAGAGUUUAUUCCAGAUGCAAAACAAGUUGUCACUUACGAUAAUGACCCAAGCAAGAUAACAUGGGCAAAUGGUGUAUUGUUGGCAAUAUCAAAAUUGGCUCGACAAACAAUCGAUUCUGCUCAUUUGGCUACAACGUUUGAUAGUUGUUUCCCAUUACCAAUUCUUACUCCUGGAACUACAACAUCAUUGGAUCUUAAUAAUUAUAAAGAAGCAGACCCAAUGACACCAUUUGAAACAGCAACUACCAGACAAUUAUUCCUUCGAAGUGCAGUUGCCACUUGGCAAUUAUUAACCACUGGUCUGGUUCCACUUCAAACAAUGAUGGAUUCAUUGAUUGCCAUAACACCAACCAUCGUACCAGAGGCACAAGUAGAGUCGAUGAUUGAUUUCUUUGAAAAGAAGAUUCCAGAGGCUUACCGUAAACCAGAAAAUCACGACUUGCUCAAAGCACUUGGUUUGGUCAAAACUCCUCCUCCUCCAAUCGUCGUUGAUGAUAGUAGUAGUGGUGGUAGUGGUAGUGAUAGCGAUGGCAAUGGUGGAAUGGCAUCACGAAAUAGUUUGCCGAUAAUUACACCAUCUCCAUCAACAACUCCAACCGAUUUGCCAAAUGCACUCCAACAAUUGAUUACAACUUUGAAGCAACAAUAUCCAUCGUUUGAUGUUGCCUCAAUCAUUCAACAAAUCGAUAGAAAUGAAGAAGUUGAUGAAAACACUAACAAUGUUGCUAUUCAGCGUGCAUUUACCAGGUGGAUCGACAUCAACAAUCAAAAUCAAGCCAUUACAACGAUAUUCAAAAAGUCGUUGACCACAUCCACCACUCUAUCGGCCAUAUCAUUUAUCGAUUCCUUCAACUCUGACCAAUUCCAAUUAUCGAUUGAUAUGUGCACAUCAACUGACAACAAUCAGCAACAGAAAAUCACAUUUGUUUGCUCAUUAUCCUCUGUCGUACAAAUCACCAACCUUCUUGUCCAACUUCAAUCUCAUCCAACAACUUUGAAACAAUUGUAUGGUGAUUUCCAACUAUUCUUUGUUCCAUCUGACGAUUUUGUUGUUGGUGACGAGGUUGGAAGUGGAAUGGCGAUUGCAACAGUGAAUGGUAAACUAUGUGAUAUUACAAUGACAAACAAGCAAUCAUUUGAUGAUUUAUCUCUUCUUACGACGAUCUGUCAAGAGGUUGGUCCAAUCAUCCAAUCAAUCACUCCAAACAGAGGAACAACAAAUGGAGGAUACACCUUGACCAUCAAUGCCAUCCAUAUCAAUAGUGAUACUCGCAUAUUUGUUGGUGACAGGUUAUGUACUCUUCCUACAGUGUUGUCUCCAACACAAAUGACUUGUCUUGUACCAGCUUCAUCUGGAGGAAUCAAUCUACAGGUUAUUGCCACAAAUAAUCUUGCAACAACUGUUACCCCCCCUUCAACGAUAAUCCAAGACAAUAUUGUAUUAUUCUCAUACGAUCAACCAAUUAUUACGACUCUACCAACGAUAAAACCAAACCAACCAUUUAUUAUCAGUGGUAGUAAUUUUGGAACAUUAUUAAAUGCAUCGGUCAGGAUUGGACAAUUUGAUUGUCGAAUCAUUUCAGUUGGUCAUAACCAAAUUUCAUGUCAAUCACCAAUCAACAUUGGAAAGGAUAGAACCAUCACCAUCAAAAUCAAUGGACAAUCAUCAAUCGUAAACCAACAAAGCUUGUCAUCUGCCUCUUACGAACCACCACAAAUCACAUCAAUAUUACCAUCCGAUAUUCUGGUUGAUGAUAUUGUGGUGAUCUCUGGAAAGGGUUUUGGUGAUGAUGAUUACAACAAUGUAAUUGCACCUUUUGUAACGAUUGGUGACAGACAAUGUGACAUUCUCGACUAUUCAAGUGACACUAUUACCAUUAGCACACCCAGAGGUAUCUCUCAAAACAAAGCAUUGAUUGUCAACGCACAAGGACAAGUAGCAAGUACCACUGUCAACUAUGCAGCUCCAUACCUCCAAUACCAGAGUAUGUCCACAACAGACACACCUGGAGGGAUGAUCAGAUUGGAAGGUGAUUCUUGGGGAACUUCAAAACAUGACAUUGACUUUAUUCGAUUGAAUGGACAAUCCAUGCAAUGCUCACCUUUUGACAUGUUUGUCGAAUGUAUGAUUCCACCCGGUAUCGGUACCGAUCUCCCCAUCGAUGCAUCAAUCGGAUCACAAGCAAUGACCACCUUCCAAAUCAUUGCCAAACUUUCAUACAACGCACCAUCUAUCCAUAGUAUUCAAGUGGCAAAUAGUCAAUCUAUUGUAAUCACCGGCAAGAAUAUGGUGCCAAAUGGCAUUUCUCCACUGUCAUCGUCUGUGCUUCUGAAACUGUCAAGUGGCGUCAUUCCCUGUCCAACGCCAAUAUUCCGAACCGACUAUUGGAUUGAUUGCAAUGAUAUUCAAUCAAUGCCAUCGAUACAAUCUAUUCAAUUGAAUAUUGGUGGUCAAUUAUCAAAUGAAUUCAGAUUCAACCUACAAUCACUUCAAGGUGAAAUAUUCAUUGAUGACAACCAAGACAAUAUCCAUUCGUAUGGAGAAUCAUUAUUUAUCUCGUCGUCGGUUACAUUGACACUAGACAAUGGAGUAUCUCCUCUUCUAACAACAACAACAUCUGAUGGAAGAUAUUCAUUCAUCGGUAUGGCUGCUGGAACCUAUACCUUGAGCGCAAUGUCGCUCGAUGGCAAUGUCUAUUUCCCAAUAUCAACAAUCAGAAACAUUGUCAUCUUGGAAAGUUCUGUCAAGGUAGUUGAUAUUGCAACGAUUGUCAAAAACACCAAAGGAUGUUUUGGAAAGAUUGUUGACAGCACCAACAACAAAGAGAUGUUUGUUCAAUAUGGUGUAACCAAUAUUGCCAACUAUGGAUGGUGUACAACAUGCACGACAACAUAUCAACUACCAGAGGGUUGUUCAUCCACACUCAAUCAAAAUACGUUGACCAUCGAUUAUUCAUUGUCACGCACUCUUCAAUUCUAUAUGGACAAAAACUUGAAUUUAAUCCAAAAUACUGGUGAAUCACCUUUACAAACUUUGCUCUCAUCGAUUACAAUCAGAGUUGAACCAUUGCUUGGAUCAUUUAAUCCUUGGGAAGCAGCAACUAUUUCAACUCUACCAAUUAAAUGUCCAAAAUCAUGUUUGGUCAAAAUCAUUUCCUCAGACAACAACAUGGUAUCGAUUAGAAAUAAUAUCUUGUUGGAUGAAACGACAACACCGAUCACUCUUCUUGGAUUCUAUAGCACUCAAGAUUUCUCGAGAAAAGUAGUCUUUACAUAUGUACAACUUGCCGAAACAAUGACACUUCCAAUUGGAAAAUUCAUGUUUGCCACGCCAAGAGCACUCGCAAAAGUUAGCAUUCCAAUCAAUACCAAGGUAUUACUCCAACAAUCAACAUUUUUAUCAUCGGUUGGUGAUAAUUUGAUCACCACGCCCAAUCAAUCACCAACGAUGAUUGAAGUCAUGGACACUAGUGAUUUAUUGUCUCUAUUUGGAAGCAAUCUUGCUCUUGAAGGUGGCAAUACAGUUACAGUGACAAACGACUAUGGAUACGUUAUGCCACAAUUUCUCAUCUCUGGUCUGCCAUUCACCUGUACGGGCAACACCGCUGACAAAAAAAUGACUUGUACAUCACCCAAGAUAACAUCACCUGGAGACAAAAUACUACGAAUGAAAUGGAAUGGAAUGGACCUUUAUGCAAGCCGACAGAUGUCCAUUCCUCAAUACACCACUACGAUAACCUUUUAUAAUGACCUAAACAAAAACAACGUUAAAGACAUUCUAGAAGUGGUUCUUGUGCCAGGAAUCGUAGUGACUUUAGGAUCAGGACAAUCAUUUGUCUCAUCGUCGACUGGACAAAUUACAAUCCAAAUAUCGCACCUCACAUCAAUGAUUGUCACACAACCAUCCAACAAAAUCGUCCCGUUGGCCCAGUACCAAUUGUCGCCAACAUCGCCUCAAACACUUAAUAUUGCCGUCAAUGAUAUUACAACCGAUCCGUUAUUGACAGGCUGUGUCACAUUCUUUUCCGCUGGCGACAAAAAACUAUAUGUCCAAGGUGGAUAUACAGACCUUGCACCGUAUGGCUUUUGUGAUAAAUCGAAACAACCGCCUUGUGCCAAUGUAGUGACGUCGUAUAACUACAUAAACACAUGCUUGUUUUAUGGAGACAACACUCUUUGGAUUGUAAAGAAAUCGACAGUAUCGAUCCAAUUCUACCAAGAUCAAUACAUCACUGGCGUGCCAACGGGUGUCCUUCCCCCCGCUGCCACAAUGUCUCAAUACACAAUCAGUUUCGACGUCCAGGCCUACCCUGCCGAAGGACAGCCACGUUGGCAAUACUCAGCGACUGUUCCUGCAAGUGGCUUGGCCAUACUCAACGUACCAAUUGGAACCACCAACAUUGUUAUCCAAGAAGCACCAUCGAGCUACAGCAUACUCAACAAUUUUGGCGUCACAACAACGCUCACAAACUUGAAUGUCGUAAAGAAUGUUGGACUCUUUACUCCACGAGUAGCAGGCACUGUUCUCCGAUUCUACAGUCUUGCAAACCAACUCGGUGAAAAGCUCUCACUCCCACCAGGCAAACACGGCUCAACAGUGCUUGGAAAUCUUGGAUGGACUGACAAAACUCGAUCGUUUGAUGCACCUACAACCACCAAAGUUUACAUUUCAACCAGCGGUUACAACAGCGGUGUCGUGACAACCCUCGCGACCAACGGAAUAGUUAACACUGGUGCAAUCGGGUCAAAGCAAAUAGAAGUUGCAAUCGCAUCACAUUUUGACUCGCUCGACUUGCCAAUCCAAGGUAAAACGAUACAAUUCACAAACCCGUACCACAGUAAAUCAGUGUCGUUGUUUAUUGGUGCAGUCAAGCUUAGAUGUACCGACGGUCUGUUGUGCACGAUCCCAUCGUUUUUCGGAAGUGUCAAAAUGUCCGUUGUACUGUUACAAGACAGUGGCAGCAUGGGCGAAGCACUUUACCAAACCUACACAGUCAGCUACGUCAAAAGAUUCCCACUGCCAACCGCAUCGUCAUCCUACCUCGACAAGGACACAUCCAAUAAUGCCAUUCCAAACGCUCAACAAUUGACCUACCCAAAAGGAGCCACAACCUAUCCCUAUACCCGUUUCGGCAUGAAAACAAUUGGUACGGCAAAUUACAUGAUGGCAACAGUCACCGAUAAGUCUGGUGUUGAUACAAAAGUAUAUGAAUGGUUGUUAAAUAAUUUACAAGGCACCUUUUCAAUCCGGUUGGAUUCAUAUGGUAGUUUAUGUGCACAAUUCUCACCAGCAGCAAAUGGAGGAGCAUAUCUUUAUUGUAUCAACACGGCCGAACUCAGUCCCAAAUAUCUUCAAGUGGUAGAUGAUGGUUUGGUGAUACAAAAGGCAAAUGGAGACAUUACAUGGACACGUCUGGUACAACAAACCUUUUCAUCAUUCACCAGUGGACCUUUGCAUCCACUUGCCAGUGGAUUGAAAUAUCUCGACUGUCAAGACACAUCGAGAAACAAACUUAAUGUUGACGAUUUCCUUUCGUCUGGACACAAGAUCAUUUAUUAUACCAAUACCGGAAAACUUACCGUACUUGACCAAACACCUCAAACUUUGUUCCAAUUCAAUCACGGUGGAGCUGUGCAGAAUACUGCCUUUCUUGAAAUUGGUACUGAUGGGAAUGUAUGCUCCUAUUUUUCGGCUUCUACUGGAGAUUGUCUUUAUACCCAUUACUUGGCAGCAAGAUAUGUUGUUGCAUCACCACCAAAUUUCCUUUAUUCAACAACCGAUCAAACAGCGCUUUUGGUGCUUGAUGUCUAUGGUAAUGUAGUUCGAAUGGUCACAGGAGAUUUGACUCUCCCAAAUCGAAUGCUUCCAGGAACAUAUCUAUCGACUGGCGACAUUAUGAAACCGGGUCAGUUUAUUACCAACGGUCAACAUUAUCUUUACUUGUCGUCCAGUGCUCUUACCUAUUACAAAAGUACUCCAUUCCACAUUGUCACAAAGUUGGUCCAAAAAACCAUUGCCUGUAGUAACUGUGUGCUAGAGGUUACCACCACAGGCUACAAACUCACUGAAGGUGCCGUUGUUAAAUAUAGCGUAACCGCAUCAUCAUCAUUUAAAUAUGUGACAAUGCCGUAUGUUAAGAGUGGUGGUGCAAGCACAAACGUACCCAUCAACGAUAUGGGUAUUGCGUUUGCCAAUGAAGUUGGUGCCGUACUAAAUGAUCCUGCUGGUUCAGUCCUUUCUUUCUUUGAACAACACCCUCUAAUGGAACCAACAACCACCAUUCAAGGUAGACUCUACAUUGACACAAACAACAAUUACAUCUAUGACAACAAUGAACUCCCUCCAUCUUCUUCUUCGGCUUCAAUAACAUUGAAUGGAUUAACCAUCCAACUCAACUCCAAGGGAAUGUUUAAAACUCUAGAUGCAUUAACUGGAGAUAAUGUUCUGACAUUCAAUAACAUUCCAACAAAUUAUUACACUCCAAUCCAAACUCUCAAAAUUCUCGACACCAGAAAUGGAUUCAAACAAGAUUUCCCUCUUUAUCCUAAAGAAACAAAUGUAUGCUUUGGCUAUUUACUAUCAAAUCAAAAUCGAUUAUAUGCUCAAAGUGGUCAAACCAAGCUGUCAGUAUUUGGUUGGUGUCAAUCUGGUCAACAAUGUGCAUAUCCAAUCACCUCUACUUCAAACAUUCCUUCAACAUGUUCAAUUAAAUAUGAUACAGCAAAUGUCAUGACAAUCACAAAAUUAUAA